UAUACGCUCGAUGACACAGUUUCCACUCCAUCCCGUUCUGUCAGUCCUCCACCUCCUCUCCUGUUGAGAACUCAGCCGAACAGAGCAUUGCUCCGCAGAAUUUUUGCUAGCUCAUCCUCCAACUGCAGAUCGAUCAUGAGCUACCAGCAGGGCUACCCGCCGCCAGGCACCGCAGCAGCGUACCCUCCGCCGGGCCAGCAGCAGGCCUACGUCGCGCCGCCGCCGUCCACCUACCCGCAGGACCAGCAGUACCCUCCCGCCGGCGCCGACACCACGAGCCGCGGCGGGCACGGCCACGGCGGCGAUGGCUUCUUGAAAGGAUGCUGCGCCGCGCUGUGCUGCUGCUGCCUCCUCGACGCCUGCUUCUGAUCGAGCUUGACCCAUCUUGUUCGACCGUCACGAUCAGGCGCGGCAUAUAGAGUAUACUGUAGUACAGUAUUUUUUUUUUAGGUUGCCGUGUUGAAUACUAGUCCCAGAACACGAUUUCUUGCGUGUGAUGGUGUGCGUUGCUCCAUUCGUACGAUUCAGAUAGAGAGGGACGUGUGAGAUUCAUCUAGUGGCCUUAUUGAAUAAAAUGCAUAUUUCUCUUGGUGUUA